GUGAAGAGAGCUGACACAGAGCAAGCAACGCCUACACCCACGUUCCAACAUACAAGAUCCCCUCUGCAUCCUGCAAAGAGAGCUGCCACAGGUCAAGCAACGCCUACGUCCACGUUCCAAUAUGAGGGUUACUUGGUUGACUAUCUGCAUUAUUGCCUGGACUUUCCUUUGCCUCCCUACAGUGCAAGGUAGUCUUAUCUGCUUCGACGACUGGCCAUCUGAAACCGGUAACUACAAGGGACCGCCAACUGCAAGUCGCAUUGUUCGCUCCGAUGUGGCAGAGCGUCCCGCAAACGAGUCAGUAACAUUCGCCGUCGUCCACCAGAAUGGUGGGAUGCAAGUUCUUCGCAAUGUCGGUCAUGGAGAUGUUGUGAAUCAGACUGCACCCAACGAACGAGACCUUGUCGACACCCCUGGAAAUGAUCCACAACGCCGAGAUGCGCAAUGUUGUCGUUUUACGUGGGAAUGCUAUCAUUUCCUUGCAACCGCGCCCAGCAGGUAUCUGUCCGGACAGGAUUGGCAAAAAUGGAAGUGUUGUGAAGCCGACUUCGCGACACCAAAGCCCGAUUGUCCAAAUCCGCCGGAUAUGGCAACGUGGAAGGGACGUAUCCAAGAAGCGCCACGCUGUAGCUUCACAGGCUGAAGCGAAUUGGGUGACGAG